GUGAAGGAAAGGCUCUUACAUUCCUGCUUCCAGGUCACAAACAGCGCAAAUACUGCUUGGGGCUGAACCCUUGAUAUCUUCUCAUCAUGGCCACUUUCAGCUUCAGGCCGACCGCCUCAUCCGUGUCAGGGGGGCUUGGUAGUUCUUCCACCCAUUUUGGUGGAGGUUCCUACAGGUCUCCAAGUAUCCAUGGAGGAUCUGGUGGUCAGCGUGUCUCUGUCUCUUCUGCUAGGUUUGUCUCUUCUGGUGCAGGUGGUGGGUUCUAUGGUGGUGGUGGGUUCUAUGGUGGUGGCUAUGGCAGCAGCUUUGGUGCUGGUUUUGGUGGUGGAUUCGCUAGUAGCCUUGGUGGUGGCGAUGGUCUCCUUUCUGGCAAUGAAAAGAUAACUAUGCAGAACCUGAAUGACCGUCUGGCUUCCUACCUGGACAAAGUGCGUGCUCUGGAAGAGUCAAAUUCUGAGCUAGAAAUUAAAAUCCGAGACUGGUACCAGAAACAAGGACCUGGGCCAUCUCGUGAUUAUAGCCCUUAUUACAAGACGAUUGAAGAUCUUCGAGAUAAGAUCCUUGCUGCCACCAUUGACAACUCUAAGAUUGUUCUGCAAAUUGAUAAUGCCAGGCUGGCUGCUGAUGACUUCAAAACCAAGUUUGAGACAGAGCAGAGCCUGCGUCUGAGUGUUGAGGCUGACAUCAAUGGCCUGCGCAGGGUCCUGGAUGAGCUGACCCUGGCCAGAACUGACCUGGAGAUGCAGAUUGAGAAUCUGAAGGAGGAGCUGGCUUACCUCAAGAAGAACCAUGAGGAGGAAAUGAAUGCCCACGCAGGGCAACUAGGUGGCCAGGUCAGCGUUGAGGUUGACUCUGCUCCAGGCAUCGAUCUGACCAAAAUCCUGGCUGAGAUGAGAGACCAGUAUGAAUUCAUGGCUGAGAAGAACAGGAAGGAUGCUGAGACUUGGUUCAAUAGCAAGACUGAAGAGCUGAACCAAGAAGUAGCUGUCAAUACUGAACAACUGCAGACCAGCAGGACUGAAAUCACUGAUCUGAGACGUACCCUCCAAGGGCUAGAGAUAGAGCUUCAGUCUCAGCUUAGCAUGAAAGCUGCUUUGGAAGGCACCUUGGCAGACACUGAGAAUCGCUAUGGUGCUCAGCUAUCACAGAUCCAGUGUCUGAUUAGCAACAUUGAGGCACAGCUGGCUGAUCUCCGUGCUGAAAUGGAGAGGCAGAACAGUGACUACAAGAUGCUCAUGGACAUCAAGACCCGGCUGGAGAAAGAGAUUGCCACUUACCACCAGCUGCUGGAAGGCCAAGACUCUCAGCUGCUUGGCUCCUUUUCUGGAACUGCUGACUCUAAAAGAGAUGGCAAAGGAGACAAGUAAGGAAGAGCCUCCAAAGGUCCUGCUCUCUA